AUUUAAUAUUAUACAGUAGAAUCUUAUUUACUGUGUUAUGUAACUGUGGUGAUGAGAUUUUUAAAUUUUAUAUUUUAUGUUGUUUUAAUUUAUUUAAAUGGGAUUUUCUCAGCCAAAGACUAAGAUAAGGUUAUGUGAGCAGUUGAAGCUCCACGCUCCUCAUAUCUUCUCUAAGCCCAGAUCUCCGCCUGCUGAGCCACCGCCAACUCAACAAAGUAAACCUGUCAAGCCUUUACAACCAGCUUUCCCUACUACAGCGCCUUUCCCACCUCAACCACCCGUAGUUCCACCUCAACGUGAGCUAGUUUUUCCACCUCCAAAACCGGAACCGCCAAAAACCGCAACUCCCGAAACAAUCUUCAGCAAAACCAACCUGGUAUGGCAGGGUAAUUUGGCGCGUAAUGGUAAGAAGUUGACUGAGACUUUGGCGAUAAAGAUAAGCGGUCAAUGUUCCACGUUUUUAAAUGCUUCAGUUGAGACUAUUAACAUAACUCAUCGUCUGAAGUGGGAGGAAGCUUCAAAGAACGUGCCCUUGGCAGUGUUUUCCAUACACUCCUCAAAUAAUCUUAAAAUCGAACCAUUUAAAGAAUAUAUCGACUACUUCAAAUCUAAAAAUAGGAUUGGCGUAUCACCCUUGGGAAAUGACCAUAAUAUAUACAUUUGCGCUCCGGGAAAUCCACUUUUCGAUAAACACUUACCAGAAGGAUUAAGCACUCCGACGCUCAUUGGUAUUGUCACAAACGCGGAAUUACAACCUUCGCAAUCGUCAAAUAAACUACAACAAUCAAACGAUGACUGGCUGAGUCAACUGAAUACGUUAACUGCUAUGGUCGGUACAAAAAAGUAACUUAAAACUCAAAAUAAGAGUAAAUGAGUAAAAUCUACUAUAAGAGUAAAAUAGUAAAAUCGAUUAAGAGUAAUUAAGAGUAAUAAUUUAAGUGAAUGAAUGUAUAAGAGUAUGUAUAUGAG